AUGACCUCCGAGGGCGGGCCGCCGCCGCCCCCGCCGCGCCCGCCGCCGGCCCCGCUCCGCCGCGCGUGCAGCCCGGCCCCCGGCGCGCUGCAGGCCGCCCUGAUGAGCCCGCCGCCCGCCGCCGCCGCCGCGCUGGAGGCCGCCUCGUCCUCGGCGUCCGCGUCGGCAUCCGCCUCCUGCGCCUCGGCCGGCGCGCCCCCGGCCGCCUGCAAGAGCGCGGGCGGCGGCGGCGGCGGCGCGGGCGCGGGCGGCGGGGGCGCCAAGAAGGCGAGCUCGGGGCUGCGGCGGCCCGAGAAGCCGCCCUACUCGUACAUCGCGCUCAUCGUCAUGGCCAUCCAGAGCUCGCCCGCCAAGCGCCUGACGCUCAGCGAGAUCUACCAGUUCCUGCAGGCGCGCUUCCCCUUCUUCCGCGGCGCCUACCAGGGCUGGAAGAACUCCGUGCGCCACAACCUCUCGCUCAACGAGUGCUUCAUCAAGCUGCCCAAGGGCCUGGGGCGGCCGGGCAAGGGCCACUACUGGACCAUCGACCCGGCCAGCGAGUUCAUGUUCGAGGAGGGCUCGUUCCGCCGCCGGCCGCGCGGCUUCAGGCGGAAGUGCCAGGCGCUCAAGCCCAUGUACCACCGCGUGGUGAGCGGCCUGGGCUUCGGGGCCUCGCUGCUGCCGCAGGGCUUCGACUUCCAGGCGCCCCCGUCGGCGCCGCUCGGCUGCCACGCGCAGGGCGGCUACGGCGGCCUCGACAUGAUGCCCGCGGGCUACGACGCGGGCGCCGGCGCCCCGGGCCACGCGCACCCGCACCACCACCACCACCACGUCCCGCACAUGUCGCCCAACCCGGGCUCCACCUACAUGGCCAGCUGCCCUGUGCCCGCCGGGCCCGGGGGCGUGGGCGCGGCGGGCGGCGGCGGCGGCGGGGACUACGGCCCGGACAGCAGCAGCAGCCCCGUGCCCUCGUCGCCGGCCAUGGCGAGCGCCAUCGAGUGCCACUCGCCCUACACGAGCCCCGCGGCGCACUGGAGCUCGCCCGGCGCCUCGCCUUACCUCAAGCAGCCGCCCGCCCUGACGCCGGGCAGCAACCCCGCGGCCUCGGCGGGCCUGCACACCAGCAUGUCCUCGUACUCGCUGGAGCAGAGCUACUUGCACCAGAACGCCCGCGAGGAUCUCCCAGUGGGCCUGCCGCGGUACCAGCACCACCCGGCGCCGGUGUGCGACAGAAAAGACUUCGUCCUCAACUUCAACGGCAUUUCUUCCUUCCACCCCUCCGCCAGCGGGGCCUACUACCACCACCACCACCACCAGAGCGUCUGCCAGGACAUCAAGCCCUGUGUCAUGUGAACGGAGCGAGGGGGCCGCGCCGGGCCCGCCGUCCCCCGGGGGCGCUGACUGAGGUGGGCUCCCUGGGCAGGCGGGCGGCAGCAGCAGUAAGUAGCACACCAGUCACCAGGCCGAGUCCCCGGGCCAGCCUUGUGCACUGAUCUUUGUCUGCUGGUGGCAGAAGGACGGCCCCCCGCCCCCAUACGCGCAGGCUCCCUGCCCCGGGAGAGGAGACAGGAGAGGAGAACUCAGAAACAGGCGUGAAACCCUGAGCUCUUCUCGGCCUUCGGGAACCAGGGUCUGCCGCCCGCAGGGGAGCUGAGUGCGUUUCUUUGUGGAGAAUGCGAGUGCUUUUCUAAGUGGCCGUGCUCAGAACGCCAUCGACGGUGUGGCCUGGUUCUGCGGGAGCGUGGUCUUUUGCCAAACACUGCCUUGGGAUACAGGUGCCAAAGAACACUGUCCAGAAAGUAUUUAGCAACAGCGCGUCUCGUUGGAGAGCGUGGUCCUCAGUAUGGUGACAACACAACGUCUUUGCACGGCCGUCCCCCGCCACCGUAUUUUAAAGAUAGUUUUAUGACCUUCGUGUAUACCCACACUUUGCUUGUAUUUUCAAAGGAGGAUGUGUUUGCACGCACGUAUACUUUUACAGUUUGCCAAACUAUUUUGAUGUAAAAUUUUUUCAAUAAAAUGUACAUAACC